AUGAACGUCACUGCCAUGCGUGAUCAUAGAGAUCUAAAGACUCUAUCAACUGAUAAGCUUUUUAGUGAUCUAAAAGCCUAUGAGUUUGAAAUGAAGUCAAGGACGGAGGAAGAACGCGAAGAAAAGAACAAUGCAUUAGUUGCCGAACAACCGUCCACGUCAAGGAAAUUCAAGAGGUUCAUGAGGAAAAACAAUCACAAAAGUUUUCCUAAAGCAAGCACAUCACGAAGGCAUAAAAAGGAAACCUUGGAGGACAAUUCGAAUUUAUACUACAACUGUAGAAAACCUAGACACUUUAUGGCCGAAUGUCUUUAUCCCAAGGUAAGCAAAAAUCAAUCUGUGCAGGAGGAAACCAAAGUCAAGGAUAGGAGAUUCAACAAGAAAGACAAAAGAAAAGCUCUUAUUAGUGACCCACUAGAAACAAGUGAGUCUGAGGAAUCUUCUGGCAAUGAAAGUGACAGCUCUACAGAUGAUAAUGCACUAUUUGGAAUGAGCAUGUCAAGCAAUUCAAAUAGUCAAGAUCUAUGUCUUAUGGCACACGAAACAGAUGAUGAUGAGGUAACUUCUAAAUCCUUUGAUUCUGGAAAUAGCAAUCUAAACUGCUCCGGAACAGUAACCGAUGUGGAAGAUGAUAUAAGGGAAGAAGUAAGGGAAUGUGUUGGGGUUGGAGUUGGAACUAAUAGUGAAGAUCAACGAAUGGAUCAAACCGCAAACCCAAAUCCCCCCACUUCACACGAACCCUCUACUUCUCAAGGAAGCUUUCAACCGGAUUUGAAGUGGCUAAAAAAUCAUCCACAAGAUCAAAUCAUUGGAGAUGUUCAUGAUGGCGUGAGAACUAGAUCUGCAUUACAAGAGACCCAAUUUUCAUGUUUUCUUUCUCAAGUUGAACCGAAGGACAUAGAUGAUGCUUUAAAAGAUCCUAGUUGGAUUGAAGCAAUGCAAGAAGAGCUAAAUCAGUUUGAACGCAACGAUGUGUGGGAGCUUGUUUCGAGACCAUCUAAUCACAACGUGAUUGGAACAAAAUGGGUCUUUAGAAAUAAAGCAAAUGAAGAUGGAAUCGUUGUUAGGAAUACAGCAAGGCUAGUCGCAAAGGGCUACUCACAAGAAGAAGGAAUAGAUUUUGAUGAGACAUUUGCCUCGGUUGCAAGAUUGAAGCAAUAA